UUCGUCCGCUGCCAUGCCGUCCACGAGCGCAAUUAAUAAAAUGCCCCCGCCCUCCUACUCCUUUCCACUCACCGAUGAAGGCACUCGAUCUGGCCAAGAAGAGUACUACACCACGUGGGAGCUCACACCGCGGUCUACUGCCAUGGCCAUCCUGAACCACGGCGACACCACCACAGCGAACGGCAGCAGCCCGGCCGACGCCGCCGCCGUUGCACCUGCCAUGCCUUCGCUUGUUCAGCCGCCGCUGGACGCCGACGAGUUCCGCAGGCAGGGGCGCCUGGUCGUGGACUUCAUCGCGGACUACUACACGCGCAUCGACGAGCACCCCGUGCGUCCAGCCGUCGCUCCGGGGUUCCUGGCCCGGCAGCUUCCCGACACUGCGCCGGCGCGGCCAGAGCCCGGCGACGACGCGCUCGCCGCGGCGCUCCGCGACGUCCGCGACCUCAUCCUGCCCGGCGUCACGCACUGGCAGAGCCCCCGCCACUUCGCGCACUUCGCGGCCACGGCCAGCAAUGUGGGUGCCCUCGGCGAAGCCCUCACCGCGGGGCUUAACAUCAACCCCUUCACGUGGGCAGCCUCGCCGGCAGCCACCGAGCUCGAGGUCGUUGUCACCGACUGGCUCGGCAAGGCGCUGCACCUCCCGGAGAGCUUGCUGUUUUCUGGAGGCGGCGGGGCCACACUGCUGGGGACGUCCUGCGAGGCCAUGCUCUGCACCCUCGUUGCAGCGAGGGACCGGAAGCUCGCCGAGAUAGGCGAGGAGCGGAUAGGAGACCUCGUCGUCUACUGCUCCGACCAGACCCAUUUCUCCUUCCAGAAGGCCGCGCGCAUUGCCGGCAUCCGCCGGGGAAACUACCGCGAGAUACCAACGUCCAGGGAGAGCGGCUUCACUCUCUCGCCCAAGGUGCUCCGUGCCGCCGUGCGUGCUGACGAGGCGGCGGGCAGGGUCCCGCUGUUCCUGUGCGCCACGGUGGGGACCACCCCGACGGCGGCGGUCGACCCUCUCCGCGAGCUCUGCGCCACCGUGGCCGGGCACGGCGUGUGGGUGCACGUGGACGCGGCCUACGCCGGCGCCGCGUGCGUGUGCCCGGAGUUCCGCCACGCCAUCGCUGGCGCGGAGGCGGUGGACUCGUUCAGCACCAACCCGCACAAGUGGCUCCUCGCCAACAUGGACUGCUGCGCGCUGUGGGUGCGGCGGCCCGAGGCGCUGACGGCCGCGCUCGGCACCGACCACGACGUGAUCCUCAAGGACCCGUCGUCGGAGCGGGACUGCGGCCGUGGCGUGGUGGACUACAAGGACUGGCAGGUCGCGCUGAGCCGCCGGUUCCGCGCGCUGAAGCUGUGGCUCGUGCUACGGUGCCACGGCGUCGAGGGUCUGCGCGGCUUCGUGCGCGCCCACGUGCGUAUGGCCGCGGCGUUCGAGGACAUGGUGCGCGCCGACGCGCGGUUCGAGGUGCCCGUGCCGAGGCAGUUCGCGCUGGUGUGCUUCCGGCUGCGCUCCGCCGCCGCUGGGGAGAAGCGCGCCCGUGACGGUGACGACGCGGAGCCUAACGAGCUCAACAGGAGGCUCCUCGAGGCGGUGAACGCGACGGGGCGGGCGUACAUGAGCUCCGCCGUGGUCGGCGGCAUCUACGUGCUGCGCUGCGCCAUCGGCAACUCGCUCACCGAGGAGCGGCACGUCCGGGAGGCGUGGUGCGUGGUGCAGGAGCAAGCCACCGUUGUCUUGGCUGCCGCGGCGUGCACGGAGGAACGUGCGGUACACAGUGCCCGUUGCGCCGAUGCUCCAGCUGCUGUUCCUCCUGUGCAGAAUGAGGUUUCCCUCCAUUCAUUCUUGAACAGUUAGGGGCGACUUGGCGACUCUUGCCAUUGUGGCUUGCAAGUUGCAAGGCCUUGUUUGGAUUGUAAAAGCUGGGGUCUGUUUGGAUCCUUAGCUAUUUUUUCAAGUUAAUUGUUUUUUUUCUGAA